AUGGUGCCGGGGAGUUCUCGCUUCAACAACAAGAUCGCCCUUCGAGUUGGCAGCAUGUGUAAUCCGGGCGGCUAUCAGACCUCGUUGUCAAUAAGCUCCACCAAAUUGAAGCGAAACUGUGACGCUGGUAUGCGUUAUGGCGACGACCGCUAUCUACCCGACAGCUUCCCGGGUGCCAUAGGAAUGGUGCGGGCGAGCUUUGGCGCGAUGAGCUCCGUCAGGGACGUGGCAAACUUCUUGACAUUCGUCAAGAGAAAUUUAGUCGACAAGCUGGCUGUCUAUGAGAGCCUGAUCAUCAUUAUCAGGAUAUGGAGAAAGGAAUUCAGUCUAGUCAUGAUUCGAGCUCGGCCCAUGUUCUUCCUUUGCCCAACACCGCAAGCAACGCACCAGGGCAAUUGCCGGAAGAGUCGACCUGGGCUGCUGAAUGGCGAUUCAUAA